CGGGCGGGAGGCUCAGCACGCCCGGCGAGCUCUACGCCAAGGCCAAGGAUGCCAUGGACCGCGGCCAGUUCGAGACGAUGCUGAGCGACGACGAGAUUGCGCUGCCGGCGCGCAGCUUCCACGCCAUGGACGACACGACCUUUUCCGCAGGAGCAAGUAUGGCGGCUCUUGGUGCGCCGGGGACCGCGCAGGCCAUGGCGCUGCUAUCGAGCCGGCUGGGACUGGAUCUCGCCGUCUUUCAGGCUGCUGCGCUGCACCAGAUGCGACAGAUGCGACAUAUGGCGCCGGCAUUUCCCGGUCUCGGUCCCGGUCCCAGUUUUGCCACGGUGCCGUCUCUUCCGAUGCCAGGACUGGGGGGGUUUACCGCCACGGCAGCACCGCAAGGUCAGUUCGGGCAGGGACAACAACAGCAGCCUCUCGACACCGUCCUCGGCGCCAUGGCCUCUCUACAACAGCAGCGCGACCUCGGCAACGUGACAGACGAAGAGGUCGCCGCCCGUAACAGGGACUACCUCGCCGCCCUCCGAACCGCCUCCUCCCCCCAGUCCCGCCUUCCCUACCCCGCCGCUCCCACUCUGAUUGCUCCCACCGCCUUCCCAUCAUCAUCAGCAUUACCAUCACCACCCGUGGUGUGGUGGCCGCCCGCGGCGGCACCUCCCCCUCCUCCCUCGCGCACCGACCUCUUCGGAUCCGGCCCCUGGCCACCCGCCGCCACACCGCGCGACCCUAUCGCCCUCUUCCGCGACGACGACACGCACCACCACCUCUCGGGCUUCGACGUCCUGCCGGCGUGGUCUGCCCUGCCCGAAGACCAGAAGGAAGCCUACCGCGCCCGGUCCGAGACGCUCCGUCGCGAGGCCUGGGCCGAGCAUGAGACAGCUGUGGCCGAGGGGACAUCACCUUUUGCCCUUCCCGGGAGAGAGCAGCGGCAGCCGCGCCCGGGGAAUUUGGCAGGGCUUGAGAGCGGGGGAGAGAGGUUCCCCGGGGUGCCGGGCAUGCCGACUAUUAUCACGGGGCUCAAGGUGUUUCGCGAUGAGCUGGGGGCGGGGAUGGAGUUUCAGGAGGUGUUGAGAGGGUGGGAUGCCUUGACCGAGGGGCAGAGGGAGGCGUAUGAGGCGAGGGCCAACGCGGCUAAUGCUGCUGCGCGGGCUGCGUAUCGGCAGGGGAGGAACUUGUAGAUUAAUUACAUGGUUGGAAAGACGCGCGAGCGAUGGGGAACUUGGAUAGGUAGGCAAGGAAUUAUUCUGAUACUGUCUAGUAGCUAAGGUAACUAACUUAUGUACCUACUUAGGUAUGUAUGUAACGUACACGGAAUCUGCAAGGUCUGUUUCUUACAA